AUGGACAAUAAAGAUAAAGUUUAUGUUAAAUUCAAAGACUAUAAUUUUCACAAGGCUUUAUUUAAAAUGGAGAUAGUGAAAAAUAUGGAAGACUAUGAAAUUCGAGAUGAUGACGUCUUUAUAGUCACAUAUCCAAAGUCUGGUACCAUCUGGACUCAGCAGAUCCUCAGCUUGAUUUAUUUUGAGGAUCACCGAAACAGAACUGAAAACAUCCCAACAAUGGAUAGAGUACCAUCCUUGGAGUACAAUAUUCAUAAUUUAGACUUUGCCAACAUGCCAUCCCCUCGUAUCUUCACAUCCCACCUUCCAUAUUACUUAGUACCAAAAGGUCUCAAGGACAAAAAAGCCAAAAUUCUUUAUGUCUACAGAAAUCCUAAAGAUGUUUUGAUCUCUUGUUUCCAUUUCUCAAAUUUGAUGGUUAUACUCCCAAGUUCAAAUUCUAUAGAAAAAUUUAUGCAAAACUUUCUAAAUGGAAAUAUGAUAGGAAGCUGUUGGUUUGAUCACAUAAAAGGCUGGUAUGAACACAGACAUGAUUUCAAUAUAAUGUUCAUAAGCUAUGAAGACAUGAAGAAGGAUCUCAGAAGCUCAGUGCUUAAAAUCUGCAGUUUUCUGGAGAAAGAACUGAGUGAAGAAGAUGUGGAUGCUGUUGUGAGACAAGCUACCUUUCAGAACAUGAAAUCUGACCCACUAGCAAAUUACAAAUACAUUAUAAAACAUGAACUUGGAACACGAAAUGAUGAAGGAAGUUUCCUUCGCAAAGGUGCUGUUGGAGACUGGAAACAUCAUUUGACUGUGGAUCAAAGUGAAAGAUUUGACAAGAUAUUUGAUAUGAACAUGAAAAAUAUCCCCUUAAAAUUCAUCUGGAAUAUAAAUGAGGAGUAG